AGCUGGAGCCCGAGGGGGGAGCCGAGGUCUUGGCGGGCGGCAGAACCCGAGCCGAGCGGGUCCGGGUCACGGCAGCAGCCUGGGCUGAGGCGGCUGGCACUGCGUCCCUGAGAGAUGGACGGGACAGAAGGCAGUGCCGGGCAUCCCGGCCCCGCUGAACGGUCCCAUCGAAGCAGCGUGUCCUCCGUGGGAGCGCGAGCAGCUGAUGUGCUGGUGUAUCUGGCGGAUGACACGGUGGUGCCUCUGGCUGUGGACAACCUGCCAUCUCUCAGUGCCCACGAGCUACAUCGCGCCAUCCGUGAGGUCCUGCAGCUCCCGGACAUUGCCCUGGAUAUCUUCGCACUCUGGCUAGUCUCCCCUCUGCUGGAGGUGCAGCUGAAGCCCAAGCACCAGCCCUACAAGCUGGGCCGCCAGUGGCCUGAACUGUUGCUUCGCUUCACCGAUGCCCCGGGUGAUGACGUGGCCACAGAUGAGCCUUCUCUGCAGUUCCGAAGGAACGUGUUUUUCCCAAAGCGGCGGGAGCUCCAGAUUCACGACGAGGAGGUCCUGCGGCUGCUCUACGAGGAGGCCAAGGGCAAUGUGCUGGCGGCACGGUACCCAUGUGAUGUGGAGGACUGCGAGGCCCUGGGUGCCCUGGUGUGCCGCGUGCAGCUCGGGCCCUUCCAGCCUGGCCAGCCCACGGCCUGCACCUUGAGGGAGAAGCUGGGCUCCUUCCUCCCUGCCCACCUGUGUAAGCGGGGCCAUGGGCUCUUCGCUGCCCUCUGGGGCCGUGGGGCCAAGGCUGGGACCAGUGAGCAGGGCCUGCUCAACGCCUACCGCAAGGUGCAGGAAGCGGUCAGCGGCGACAGCGAGCGCGAGGCUUCCCUGAGGACCCACUACCGUGCCUACCUCACCAAGUGCCACGAGCUGCCCUAUUACGGGUGUGCCUUCUUCCACGGCGAGGUUGACAAGCCAGCCCAGAGCUUUGUGCACCGUGGCGGGCGAAAGCCAGUGACUGUAGCCAUCAGUCUGGAGGGUGUGCAUGUCAUCGACAACAGGGAGAAGCACGUCCUGCUGGGCCUGCGUUUUCAGGAGCUGUCUUGGGACCACACAUCCCCCGAGGAGGAGGAGUCUGUCCUGUGGCUGGAGUUUGAUGGGAACAAUGAGGGCACCCCAGUCAACAAGCUCCUCAAGAUCUACUCCAAGCAGGCUGAACUGAUGAGCAGCCUCAUCGAGUACUGCAUCGAGCUGAAUCAGGCCUCGGAGCCAGCCGCCCCCCCAGAGAGCGCCUCCAGCUCCUCGCCACCUCCCACUCAGCGCCCCCAGCUACGGAGACAGGGCAGCGUGGUGUGCAGCCGGAUCCAGCAUCUCUCCACCAUCGACUAUGUGGAAGAGGGUGAGCAGAUCAAGCCUGUGAAACCGAAGCGCACCACGUCCUUCUUCAGCCGGCAGCUCUCCCUGGGCCAGGGGAGCUACUCCAUAGUGCAGCCCACUGAGAGCCUGGAGCAGAGCUGAGAUGGCAGAGCCGGGCAGGAGGAAGGCACUGGGAAGGGCAGGGCCAGGCUGUGGCCCUCCAGCUGGGGAGGAAGGCAACCUCCAAGUGUGGGCAGCGACUUCUGUGCCUGGGGCAGUGCCUAGGCUGUGCUGAGCAGGCUCAGGGAUCCCAUAGGGUCCCUCCACAGCCUGCCUGCCCUUCCCCUGGACUCUGGGCCCCUCUGCCAUCUUAGGACCUUCCAGUCAGGCCCCUGUCUCCCCCUUUCACCCAGGGACUCACCUGUGUGCCCCUCUCAAGGUGGACAGUGUCGCCUGCUCUGAAGCCCCCACUGGCAGCUCCUGUGGCAGGAGGCCAAGGAAUAGAGCUCAGGACCUGCAGGUCAAGUGUGUGUCUUUGGUCUAGUCCCUGGACUUGGGUGACCACAUCCCUGCAUUCCUUCACCAGCAUUCCACGCAUGCUGCCAGGCAGGGCAGUCACUGUAGGGGUGGGCCAGGCCUCCCAGAGUUGAACCUUGGCAGGAACAGGAGAGGCCCCGCCCCCACUCAAACCCUCUCUGGCUGGUUGGAACUGGAUGGAGCUGGGCAGGGCCCAGCUCAGAGGGCACUCUGUGCCUCUUACUCAGGACUCUUGCUGGCAGGAGAUACUCUGACCAGAAGGAACGUGCCUUUUUGCUAGCUUUUGGUGACGUCACUGUGCUGGAGGUGGCUGUCCUAGGACCAGCAGGCCCACCAGACCCACACUCCACACUCAGAGAACCUCCCAAACCCCCGUGGGCUUCGGAUUUUAGUUUUGGUCUUUUCUCAUCUGCUUUGGUUCCAUGAAGCCUAUGAACUCGGGCAAUUCAGGAGAACCCCACAACCUCAGAGCUGCUGGCUCCCCCUCAGGUGGCUCUGUGCUUUCCAUCUGGCCUGACCCUGGGGGCCGGCCCAUGCUGGGAAGUCGCACCCCAGCAGCUGGUCUCUUUCUCAGGGACAGAAAGUGAACGUGGCGCUGGGCGUGGCCAGCCCAGGAGGUGGGGCCCUGGUUCUGGGCGCUUCCCGGGACUUUCCGCAGUACGGAGACCAGUACAGAGGCCAGUACGGAGGCGUCUGGUCUGGCUCAGCACAGGCUUCCUUUGUCUCCCCAUCCUGGUGGGAACUGUGGGCAAGGAGAUGCGAGCCUCUUGUGUCCAGGUGCCAGGGCCCCCCUUCUCCCUUUGGUGACUUGCACACUCCCGAUGUUUUGAGGUGGGCUUGCCUUCUGACAGCAGGGACUUUGUUAUUUGUCAUAAUAAAUAGGCGUCCUAGCCUUUUGGAAUGUCCCGGCCAGAGGACAUCUUGUCUCCUCCUGGAGUCACUCGACCUCACUGGCUCCCAGCUGUCUGGCUCCCAGCUCUCUGGUCCUCUCUCCCACUCACUGUUUUGUUGCCAAGUGAAUUCUUAUCUGAUGGGCCCCAGGGGCCUGUGGGGUGUGGUGGGUAUGUAUGUACACAAAUUACUUGUUUCUACCCUUGUCUUUCUCUUGUUUUCUAAGCAUCCAUUGUGCCUUAACCUUUUUUGCCUGCCUUUUGGGACAAAGCAACAUUUUACUAAAUGUCCUUUGAAUAUUCUGAUUCUUUUGUACCAUGUGACCUAUUAGUAAUAAAAUCCGUU